AGCGCAUUUCAAGGUUACUCGGCGGAAACAGCAUGGUAUUGGGCAUGUUGUUUCUAAAUUGUGUGUAGACUUAUCAAAUUAUUUGUACAUAUUCUAAUUUGUUGUUUUAUAUUAAAUGUAUUUCAUAUAGUGCAAAUUGAUUGGUCAUCACACUAAUGUCAGUUAGAUUAUACGUGUAAGUUAACCUCAACGCAGUCAGUAAUAACGGUAGAAGACCACCAUGAAGAUCAAACGGCAAAAACAAGCCAAGAAAACCAUAAGUUUCUACAAAUAUAACUUCAGUUUUCGGGAACCUUUUCAAAUAUUACUUGACGGGACUUUCUGCCAAGCUGCGCUCAUCGGGAAAAUACAGAUCAAAGAGCAAAUGCUAAAGUAUCUCAUGGGAGAGGUGCAACUCUGUACCACCAGUUGCGCUCUGAAAGAAGUAGAAUCUCUGGGGAAAGACCUGUACGGCGCCAAACUCAUUUUACAGCGAUUUCAGGUCAGGAGAUGCCCACACUUCGAUGAACCAGUUCCAGCGUCGGAGUGUCUCUUAUCCAUGCUGGAAGGCACUAACCCACAUCACUAUUUCAUUGCCACACAGGAUAAUGAACUGACAAAAGGCCUCAAGGAAAUACCAGGUGUGCCAAUUAUGUAUGUCAUCCAAAACACCAUGGUGUUGGACAAGCCCUCCGAAUGUUCCCUCAAACGUGUCCAGGCUGUCCUUGCCGGGGAGAUGGUGACUCCAACUCAGCAGCAGAGCAUCAGCAAGCUGAAGGAAGCACAAGGAGUCAACGCAGAGGAAGGUGUCCGACGCAAGCGUAAGCGAAAGUCGGGUAACCCAAAUCCACUGAGCUGCAUGAAGAAGAAGAAGAAAGGGCCCACACAACCCAAACAAAGCACAGAUGGAGAGAAGAAGACUAAGAAAUCUAGAAAACGGAAACGAAAACCUGCUGUUGCCGGAGCAGGAGGACAGACUGUCACAGCCAACCCAAAUACGCUCUAGUUUCAGGACCAAAUGGAUCAAAAUGUGCACGUGGACUUUGAAUGUCAUUUUCAAAAUAGCACCCAGAUGGAAAGGUGUGUGUGCGUGCAAAAACAAGACUGAAACAGCACAUGGUUUGAUGUUUUGGUAACUAAACCCGGAUAUCAAAAUGUUGUAGGUUCAUGGGUUUUCUGCUCACAUGAAGUGCUUUUAGUCAUGAAGUAAGUGGAAAUUGAAUCACCAAUAAAGCUACUUGCUUAAAGCAUUUUAUUACAAAAAACAUAUUACACAGUUGCUUGGAUUCCAGACUACAGGCAUUAUAGCAAAACAGUUCCUCAACAUGUAACAAUUAGCUUAUACUGGCAAUGGUAUCUCCAAUGAUAUAUUUUGGUUGCUAAAAAAUGACAGGCACAUCAAAUAAAUGUAGGUAUGAACUAUG